AUGCAGGGCCCUAUGCACCACCGCAAGGCCAGUAUGGCCAUCCCUCUGCAGCUGCAGACUACUACAAUCAACCCCAACAAUACGGUCCACCACCAGGUCAAUAUUAUCCACCACAACAAGGUUACCCGCAACAGGGUUACCCGCAACAACCCAUGUAUUAUGCACCCCAGCCUCAAGGCCACUAUGUUGACAACAGAGACAGCAGUCGGGGCACGGGAGGCGGCAUCUGUGCCGGUAUAUUAG